UCUGUUCAAACGUCAACUCCUCAGUUUUCACCAUGGACCUGGCACUAGCACUAACCCUGGUCUUUCUCUGUUCUGUGGGUGCUACACAAGCUAACAGAGUGCAGUAUGACUACUUCAAGUAUCAUAGUAUGCAAGAGAUCACCAAAUGGAAGUCAGACAUAGCUGCUGCUCAUAAAGAGGUAGUGCGCAUUAUUGAAUAUGGAAAAACCUACGAAAAUAGAACCAUCGACCUCCUCAAGAUAGGUCUACCCGGUCUUAACAAGAAAGUUGUUUGGAUGGAUUGUGGAAUACAUGCAAGAGAGUGGAUUGCACCUGCUUUCUGCCAAUAUUUCGUCAAAAUGAUUCUUGAAACCUACAAAACAGACCCUAAAAUGGAGCUGAUGAUGAAAAACAUGGACUUCUAUGUGACCCCCGUUCUUAAUGUGGACGGGUACAUGUUCUCCUGGUUAAAUGAAACCACUCGUUUGUGGAGGAAGAACAGAACUCCUGGUCCUUGUGGCUGCACUGGGACUGACCUCAACAGAAACUUUUACUCAAAUUGGGGAACUGUGGGUGUCUCCUUCGACUGUUGCUCUCAGACGUUCCCAGGACAGGGACCAGUGUCGGAGCCUGAAGCCCAGGCCGUGACUCAGUUUGUGCGGAACAUCUCAGACAGUGUCCUAGCCUUCCUCACUAUCCACUCCUACGGACAGCUGUUGCUCAUUCCAUACGGACAUCCUGAGGUCAUCGCACCCAACCAGGAUGAACUGAUGGAGGUGGGAUUGGCUGCAGCUGAGGCCAUAGAGAAAGUCCAUGGAAUGAAGUACAAAGUGGGCACAUCUCCAACCAUUCUGUAUGCAAACUCAGGCUCAUCUCGGGACUGGGCACGACUCCAGGGCAUCCCCUACUGUUUUACUUUUGAACUGCGGGACAACGGCACUCACGGCUUUGAGCUGCCGCAGGAGCAGAUCCAGCCGGCCUGUGAGGAGGCCUACAGCGGAGCCUUGCACAUCAUCAACUACGCUCACGACAAGGCCUUCAAUAUCUACAAUAAGGCUCCUACUGCUGCUGGGGCCUUGUGGGGGGCCCUAUUGGUCACUCUGCUCACCAAGUGGAUCAUGUAAUCAUGUAAUAUGAAACAAGACUAAACAAGGGAUAAACCAGGACUUACCUUACUUACUUCACCUCUAACAAACUUACAGACGGUAGCUUUAAAGGAACUGUACGUUUCCUAUGCUCUUGCAGUUUUGAAGUUUUGAAGUUUUGAAGUGAACCUGGGUUGCCAGAGCCUUGGAUAUAUACUUACAUAUAUAUGGAUAUAUCCAAUGUAUCACAUUUAAUCUGUUUUUUACAAUGCAACGCAGUGUCUUUCUUUGAUUUAAGUUCUGUAUAAUUCAAUAAAGCCUUG